AAUGAACCCAAAAGAAACAUAAACUUAAAUCUAUGGACGAAUUCAUCAUUAGACAUCUCAUUAUUUUUUUCAACGUGAUCGAGUAUCAUCCCUCAACCUGGCUCAUUACUAAUCUUUCUUCAAAAUUUUCUUGGAGGAAAUUAUUGGUUAGAUUAAUGUCUUGUUGUUCCUGUAUAACAAACAUCUUCAUCGUCUUGGUUUGUAUGAACACGUGCAUGGCUCAAAACUUUUCUGCAAUCUUUAUUUUCGGUGAUUCACUUGUAGAUGUGGGUAACAAUAACUACAUAACAACAUUUGCUAAGGCGAAUUAUGAGCCUGUUGGGAUUGAUUUUGGGAAGCCAACAGGAAGAUUUACUAAUGGAAGAACUGUUUGUGACAUAUUAGGUCAAUCAUUGGGUUUCAAACAUUUUCCUCCACCAUACCUAGCUCCAACCUCCUGUGGUUCUGUAGUUCUUGAUGGCGUAAAUUAUGCUUCUGGUGCUGGUGGAAUUCUAGAUGAAUCGGGAGCAAACUACAUCGGUAGAAUCGCUAUGGAUGCGCAACUCGACAAUUUUGCAAAGACGAGACUCGACAUAAUCUCAAUCUUAGGCGCUCCUGAAGCAUUUAAUUUGUUCGCUACUGCUUUCUUCACAGUAACAAUGGGCUCCAACGAUUUUAUCAAUAACUACUUCAUUCUACCAGGUCAUUCGCACCCGGUGCCUCCGAAAACUUUCAUUCAAUCCAUGAUUUCAACAUUUAGAAGACAACUUACGAUGGGGCCAAAGCGUUUAACUAACCAAUGGAGACCAAGGGUGAAGGGGAACCGUGUGGGGUUCCUAAGGCGAAAGACACAAGAUAACCGGAGGAGAUAUCACUCUUGGUGUUAGGUACAACCAAAGGAGAUGGGGAAAGAGAUGAGAAGUGAGAGAAGGGAGAACGGGAGAAUAGGAGGAACAUCUUCAGGGUUGAGGAUGUUAUAGUAAGAAGGAGGAAGAAAGCGAUGAUAGUUAUUCAAGGGGAAGUAAUCUUUAUCAAAAACGUAUGUCGUGGGACGAUCACUUUUUGAGUCAUUAGAUCAAGACAUAUAUAGUCGUGGUGGUUCGAACUUGGUCCAAGAUAGACGCAUAGAUCUUGGAGAAAGUUUGUGUCAGGUAAUAAAUGAGGUGUUGGGGUAGAAACCCAAACACCCAUCAAUGAAAGUAUAAGGGAAAGAAGACAAAAAGCAUCUUAAAUGGAGGUUUUGAGAGUUAAGGAUAAGGUAAGUAAUAGAUUUAGAGUAUGGACAUGCACAAGUAACGCUUCAAUCUAAAAAUACGGGGGCAACAAGUCUUGAAAGAGAAAGGCAUGUAAGGUAUUGAUGGCGUGCAUUAAAAGUUCAACCUUUCCAUUUUGAUGCAAAGUAUAUGGACAUGAAAACCAAAAUUUAAUACCAUUAGAUUUGAGAAAUUCCAAUGGUUGUUGGUUAUUAAACUCACGUCCAUUGUUGUAUUGGAAAGGCUAAAUAUCGAUUCAACUGAUUUGAGACAUAAGCACAAAAAAUUUAAAAAUCAUAAAAAGUCAUAUGUGAUACGUUAGGGAAACACCCAUUAGAAAUGUGAAAAAACAUUUAACAAUAAAAUAUGAUAUUUAAAUCAGAGUGUAUUAGUUAAACAAGCGUAAAUUUUUGUAGUUGAAGAAUAAAAGGAAAC